CGGAUUAGUUUAUUCUGAAGGCGUGUGAACUUCUGCGUGAAGUUGCAGGUUGCGGCUCGUCUCACCUCUGCGUGACUGUCCGGCUUUGUCGGUGAACCGUCGCCACAUUUCUCCUUCAGGAGCCGCCGGCUUAGUGAUCAGAAACCGGUCAGAAAGGGCGGGUGAAGUCAUGUUCAGACUCCUCAGUCGCCAAGGUAAGAGGACGCAGAGCUGUCUUGCAAGCCAGCAGCGUUAUGAGCACCACAGGGCCGUCAUGGCCAUCCGCCGUGAGGACGUCAACCCCUGGGAGAGGAGGGCGCCGUUGGCCCCGCGCCACAUCAAAGAGCUCACCAACGCUGGCGUCAAAGUCCUGGUCCAACCAUCCAACCGCAGAGCCAUCCACGAAAAGUACUACACAAGGGCGGGGGCCGUUGUUCAGGAGGACAUUUCGGAGGCGUCUCUGAUAAUCGGGGUGAAGAGGCCGCCGGAGGAGAAGGUCAUUCCCCGGAAGACGUACGCUUUUUUCUCCCACACCAUUAAGGCUCAGGAGGCCAACAUGGGGCUUCUGGAGGACCUGCUGAAGAAGGAGGUUCGUCUGAUUGACUACGAGAAGAUGGUCGAUGCUAACGGCUUCCGGAUCGUAGCGUUCGGUCAGUGGGCCGGUGUCGCAGGAAUGAUUAACAUUUUGCAUGGAUUGGGGCUGCGCUUCCUGGCUCUCGGGCACCACACUCCCUUCAUGCACAUCGGCAUGGCUCAUAACUACAGGAACGUCAGCCAGGCCAUCCAGGCAGUGAGGGAUUGUGGGUAUGAGAUCUCCAUGGGGCUCAUGCCCAAAUCGAUUGGCCCUGUGACGUUUUGUUUCACCGGUACCGGCAACGUCUCGAAGGGAGCCCAAGACAUCCUUAACGAGCUUCCUGUUGAAUAUGUUGAACCGCAUGAGUUGAAGGACGUCUCUGAAACAGAAGAUAUGACGAAGGUGUACGCCACCGUUCUGAGCCGACAUCACCACCUGAUGAGGAAGAGCGACGGCAUUUAUGACCCCAUGGAGUACGAGAACCACCCGGAACUGUACACCUCGCACUUCAGGACCAGCGUGGCCCCCUACACAACCUGCCUGAUCAAUGGUAUUUACUGGGACCGCCACACCCCCCGUCUUCUCAGACGGUUGGAUGCCCAGAAGCUGAUGAGACCGCCCAAAAUCUCACGUGCAGCCACCGAGGGAUCACCAGUGCUGCCUCACAAACUGCUGGCCAUCUGCGACAUAUCUGCUGACACCGGAGGCUCUAUAGGGUUCAUGAACGAGUGCACCACCAUUGACAAGCCUUUCUGUAUGUACGACGCCGACCAGCACAUAGAUCACGACAGGCUGCUGUCGUCAGACAUUCAAGAUUUCAGUGUGGAGGGAAACGGGAUCCUCAUGUGCUCCAUCGACAACCUUCCUGCUCAGCUCCCCAUCGAAGCCACAGAGUACUUUGGAGACCGACUCUUCCCCUACAUCUGGGAGAUGCUGCCUUCAGACGCCACCAGACCGCUGGAGGAAGAGGACUUCAGCCCGCAAGUCAGAGACGCUGUCAUCACCUCAAACGGAGUACUCACCCCAAAGUUUCAAUACAUUGAAAAACUUCGAGAAAGACGAUUACGAGACAGGGAGAAAGCUCAGAUCAUGAAGAAGACUGGGAUGAAGCGUGUUUUGCUGCUGGGUUCAGGAUACGUCUCCGAACCCGUAGUUGAGUAUUUGACUCGCGACGAGCGGACGCAGGUCACAGUGGCGUCGGUGCUGCUGAAGCAGGCAGAGGAGCUGGCAGCCAAAUAUCCCAACGCCAUCCCCGUCACGCUGGACGCCGGCAGCCAGGAAGGUCACCUCGACUCUCUGGUCAAAGAUCAUGACUUGGUCAUCAGCAUGCUGCCGUACUCAUUUCACCCACUCAUCGCCAAACACUGCAUCAAGAGGAAGGUAAACAUGGUGACAGCCAGCUACCUGAGUCCUGCCAUGAAGGAGCUGCACAGCAGUGCGGAGGAGGCGGGCAUCACCAUAGUGAAUGAGAUGGGACUGGACCCGGGUAUUGACCACAUGCUGGCAAUGGAGUGUAUCGACCAGGCCAAAGCUGACGGCUGCACUGUGGAGUCCUACAGCUCGUUCUGUGGCGGUCUUCCUGCUCCUGAAUGUUCAGACAAUCCUCUUCGCUACAAGUUCAGCUGGAGUCCGUACGGCGUCCUCCUCAACACCAUCAGCCCCGCCAUCUUCCUCAGAGACAACGAGGUGGUGAGCAUCCCGGCUGGCGGGUCUCUGAUGGAAUCCAGCAUGCCGAUGGAUUUCCUUCCUGGUUUCAACCUGGAGGGAUUUCCAAACCGCGACAGCACCAAGUACGCUGAGCCUUACGGCAUUGAGACAGCACACACACUGGUCAGAGGAACACUGCGCUUCAAGGGCUUCACGAAGGCCAUGAGUGGGUUUGUCAAACUGGGUCUGAUCAACAGCGAGCCCUGUCCCAUCCUGCACCACACUUGGAAAGAGCUCCUCUGUAUGCAGAUGGGAUUGUCCUCUUCUAUCUCCCAGGAGGCCUUUGAAGAAGCCGUAUACGAACGCAUCGGGAAGGACGACUUCGGGAUGGACACCCUGAGAUGGUUUGGGAUGCUGAGCGAUGAAUUGGUGCCUCACGCUGACAGCGUGCUGGCUGCUCUGGCAAAACAUCUGGAAGUCAAACUCUUCUUCGAUAAGGGCGAGCGAGACAUGAUCAUCAUGAGGAACGACGUGGGGCUUCGCCACCCAACUGGCGAGCUGGAGACCAAACACAUUAGCCUGGUGGUGUACGGCGACCCCAACGGCUUCUCCGCCAUGGCCAAGACUGUAGGAUACCCAGCAGCCAUUGCUGCUCGCAUGGUCCUUGAUGGUGAAAUCAGUACGAAGGGACUGGUGGUUCCGAUGAUGAAGGAGAUCUACAGGCCAGCGCUGGCCCGACUGAAGGAAGAAGGACUUAACUUCAUGUCCAAGAGCACCCUGCAGGAGUAGAGCCGAGCCUCCAAAGAGAGCAGAUAAUCACUGUAAAUCCUAUCCAACAACGCCAGAGAAAUUUUAUAAAAUCCACGUGCUAAUAGCUGCGUUCUCACCAACUUUAUCCAAACUGGAUCUUCCGACAGACUCAGACUCACCUGUCUGCUGAUAGUCACUGUUAAAAAAGAUAAUAUUUUUAACUCAUCUGCCAGGGGCUGUGUAAUUUUUCUUUCAAAUUGAUAUGUGAAAGAUGGGAAAUGUUUAAUCCCCAAAAGUUAUUUUUGUUUUGUUGAAAUGACACUUUAUGACUAUUUGGUGACGCUUUAUAACCGUGUUUGUAAGUUUUAAGUCAAAAAGCUGAAAAGGGCAGCUGGUGACGAUAUUCAGUAAUCUGCGGUUUAACAUUAGCAUUCUGAGUUUAGCUAAAUCUGUUCAUCUGAGCCAAACUGAAACGGUUUCACCGGCGUCGACAGUAUCAGAGAACAGUUCUUCUGUGAAGAUGUGUAAAAGGUCGACUGAUCAAACACUAUAUUUUAGGCAUUCAAAAUUUAAAGCAUUAAAAAGCACAAACAUCGUCUCAUUUAUCAGAUGAAACUACUGUAAAAACCAGGUGUGAGGCUGGGAUUGGAGACUAUAUUUCCCAGAGACUUAAUGGUCAAUUCUGAGAUCCUACAUAAAAACCAUGUCAGCACUGAUCGCAACUUUUGUCACCAAUUAAACAAAAGCAAGAGUGAAGCGUUCUCACAGGUGUAAUGUUCAAUGGGCAAUCAGAGCGAUGCUACAGAUGAGUCAGACCCCUCAUGCAAUCAUAUAUCUCUGCAUAGUUUUUAUUGCAAGACUUGUUUUGUAAAGUGUCUUUUUUACCCCAUCACCUCAAACAGUAUCUGUAUUAACACUAAUUUCUGUAUUAAUUAAAAAUCCAACAAACCCAGCUCAUUACUGCACUGACCUUCAAACUGAUACAUUUCAACAAUAUAGACGUCACCUUAGUUACAAGCCCACUUCAGUAUUUCUUCAAAUGCAUGCCACGGAAACCAACCAGAGCAAAACUCCAAAAUCAAAAACAUUAAAUAAUAUCAAGAGUUCCCAUUCACAGAUAUAAUAUCAUGUAAUGUAGUCAUCCACUGUGUUGUUCAGAGUGAACACUAACGAAGCUGAGAGCAGCUGCUGCUAAUGAUUAUUUUCAGCUGGUUUGUACAGGAUCGUGAGUUAAUCAUUUAGGUCAGAAGUUGUGUUUUUGUGGUGCCUAUACAAUAUGUAGUCAAUUUAAUUAUCUCAGUAUCUCAAAAAUAUUUAGAAUAAUAACACAAACAUUUGGUUUGCACUUGACAUUACAAUUAACAAAGUGCUACAGUUAAUUUCAAGUAUAAAAUCGUAAAACUUAUUUUACGACUUUGUUUAGCUUCUCCGCACUAGGUUUGUCUGAUUUUUCUACAGACCAAAACUUUUGCCAUCUGAAUAAUAGAUUACGACUAAUCUACUUUCUUCCAGCUGUCAGUUAAACAGGAUUGACAUUAAUGUUGGGUUUGUCUUGUCAUUUCGUGAAGCUAACAUUAGCUCUUUGUGUCAGUCCUCGAUGCCAACGUUAGUUCAUCCUGUCAGUAUGUUAAGCUAACGAUAGUUUGUUUUAUAAGUUAGUGAAGCGAAUGUUAGCUCACACAACAAAAGUGUAGAGCAGCAUCAAAGUCCGUAUCAUUGGGGAUGUCAGAAAUUUUUGUUGCAUUGCCAGGUGUGACCUAGCUAGCUACAGUUUGUUAGCAUUACCAACUACUGUAUGUAGCUGUUAUUAUUACAUGACAGUUGUAAUUGUACAGUUGCAUAACGUCUUUAUUGCAUUUUUUUUUACCACUUUCAUACGCCAUGCUUAUUACAUUUGAAUAUUAUAGAGUAAAGUCAACUUGACCAGUAAUGUAAUAUCUUGUAGGCUAAAUUCGAAAGCUUUAGAUAGAUCUAAAAUAUCUUGGGGUAAUGUCUAAAAUAUAAGUACAAUACAACCACAAAGAGUGAAUCCUGUAUUUGUGGAACCUGUUUAAAGUUUCCCAGACUGAGUAUUUAUUAUCUGCCACCUGAUCAGUAUUUAUUUUAUGUUUUCGGGGGAGUGUGGUCAUCUUAUAAACGCUUUGUUAAAUGCUUUAAAUGGGUAAAAAACAAAAGACCCAGAGAGAGAUGUAUUUUUAAAAUAAUAUAUCCAUAUGUACACCUGAUAUGUAGUUCAUAUGUGGGCCUCCAGAGCUUCUUUAGACAGUUGUUUGAUAUUUUGGUAGACUUGUACGUUUGGAUCUGAAUGACACAAAGAUUUUGUGAGUAAACGGGAACCACACAUCAGUGUUUGUCAAAUAAAAUUUUGAUAUCAGAGAAUAUCAAUCUGAGUAAUGGUUUGAUUUACCUCCCGGUAAACCUCCAACAUGAACACGGUUUUUAUUUUUGUUUUGUCUUUAAUGUUGACAUUUAUGUCAUUCGUGCUUACAAAAUACACAAAUUUGUAAAAGCUUGUUUUAAUGGAACAUUUUUGCUUCAUGAAAUUGUGGUUACAUGAAUAAAAAUCAUUCUGUUAUGUU